GCAUCUUUUCACACACUCAGCCUCUCCGCAGCGCACCACCACCGCCGAUGAACUUCCUCCCCCGCCAUCACCGCCACCAAUUUACACUCCUCGCCGCAUUGACGAUCCUCCUCCUCCUCCAUGCAUCGGUCUCAGCCUUCGUCUCAAUCCCAAGUGCUGGGGCGCUGACGGGGCCGGGAUCGUCGCCGCCGUCAUGCAGAAACAAGUGCCGGCGGUGCAGGCCGUGCAAGGCGGCCCGCGUCGUGAUCAAUCCCGGCUUCGCCUCCAAAGCGGAUUACUAUCCGGAGGCAUGGAGGUGCAAGUGCAAAGACAAGAUCUUCAUGCCUUGACAAAGAUAUUAAACUUCAUUAGUGUAUGCAUAUUCCAUGAUUUAUUAUUAAUUUUGCUAAAACAUAUAUAUA